UACCGGCCCAGCGUGCAGAACCACUACACCACGAAGGACGCUCGGAAAGCAUAAAACAAAAGUCCAGAACCUUCUGCCUUGUAAAAAUGAACAACCAGGUCAUCUAGGAGACAUAGGAGCAGCAAAUGGUGUUACAUAUGAAGACGUGCUGAUCAACCAUCAUCCUACAAGGAUACCACAGGGACACCUUGGCGGGAGCCAAACUCUUAUGCCUUUAGAGAUACUGGAUGUGAAGUUGGGCGACAUGGGCCCUCUACCAAUAUCAACUUUACAUCAGUCUUCAUUUUAUCCUAACAGAAAUGCAGGUGAAGUUAUUAGUGGAAAAACAUUCCAUCCUGUUUAUGAAGAAGUCUGUCAAGCACCAUCAGGUGAUAAGUCUAUCACUGGCAAAAGCUAUGAAUCUGAUUUUGAAGAAAGCGGUAAACUAGGAGGUCACAGCGUGACAAGUGAAGAUGAUUUUGCAGAAGAUGAAUUUAGUGUUGCCGAAUACCCAAGUCGAGAAGGUAGUGGACAGUGCUCAGCAACUAGUAGUGUUCGAGGAUCAACAGGUGGAGACUUGUGUAAAGACACUGUAUCUAGUGAUGAAGGUGUGAGAGAGGAUGAUAUGAUCAGUGACUCACCAGAAAUGUCACUUGGUGAUAAUUCGUUUAAUUAUCCAAGGCAUUUAUGUAUACCAAGAGAUAUCAGUUCAGAAAAACGAAGGGGAAAUCCUAUGCAAACCCCUCACAGUCAUCAGCAAAAUGCUCCAACAUAUCCUCUUCCAGAAAGGACUGCUAAUAUUUUGGCACCUAUCCAAAGAAUUACUGGACUUAUGCUGGGUAAUCAAUCACAUUCCAAGCCAUUAACAGACAGUAAAAAGCGUAUGUCUCCAUCUCGCAUUCCUUCAUCUUCUUUUGCACCUCCUGUUCCCACUACAAAUGCAAAGACUCAUUUAAAUACAACAUCAGUGCCUGUGAAUGCACCCUGGAUGAUGAAGCAUGGGCAUGAUGACAGAGUGACAUUCCCAGCAAGUAGUUCACAAGAAAAUAUUUAUUCAACUAUUGAUGAGGAUGAAUUAGCAGAUUAUUCAAUCCAUCCUACCUUAACUAGUCUUGUUUGCCCACAACAUGCAAGUCCUCCAGGUAAACACAGUUCUGCAGUGCCAAAGAGCGUUCCAGUGCGUGGUGAGAGACCCAUUCAAUCACCAAAUCAUCGCAAUGCAGAAGACAGUAAUAGUUCAUACGGAGACAUCAUGCCAGCCUUUAAUUCUGCUUCAUUUACGUGAUGUGCCUCUUGCAUUGACUAAGUUACAUAGUAUUUGCAAAGACUAGGCUAUCUACUAUCGCAAAGACUCAGACAGUGCUAGAGCUACCUGUGAUAUAUAUAACUGCAAACCAGUUUUACUACUGCACCAGUUCAGAAAUCGACUUAUUAAAAAAAAAGGGCUUUAACUUUUUAAAGCUAAUUUUCUAUUAUAUUGUUUUGCUACUUAAUUUCAGAAUUAUCGAACAGUUUGCUGCAAUACAAUAUUAACACAAGGACCACAACAUUUAUCUCCUUUUUAUUGAUGCAUCCUUUGUAAACAUUGAUAGAAAUAAAAAGAAUGUGCAUUUUUUGGU